CAGAGUCACAGCCAUCACUUCAGUUUAGAGGAGUAGUAUGACUUACUACUGCAACAAGACCAGCUAUUUACUUUGAUAUCAUAUAAGAACUGAACAGGCAAUUCUCUCUCGUUGUCUCACUCAGAACUGAACAGGCAAUUCUCUCUCGUUGUCUCAUUCAGAACUGAACAGGCAAUUCUCUCUCGUUGUGUCACUUAGACUGAAGACAGACUGAAGACAGACUGAAAUCAGUGUUACAUGUUUAUUGUUUACGAGGACGUAUCGACCGUCAUGGCUGUUUUCAAGCAACAGAAAGUAGAGGACUUCUAUGAGAUUGGUGAAGAGCUGGGGAGUGGUCAGUUUGCCAUGGUGAAGCGUUGCCGGGACAAGUGCUCGAAUCUGGAGUAUGCUGCCAAGUUUGUGAAGAAGCGUCAGACCCGGGCCAGCAGGAGAGGGGUCAGGAGGGAGGACAUCGAGAGGGAGGUGGACAUCCUACUGCAGAUCGCCCAUCCCAACAUUGUAGCGUUGCAUGAUGUCUACGAGACCCGCACUGAUGUGGUGCUGAUACUGGAGCUGGUAUCUGGAGGAGAGCUCUUUGACUUCCUGGCUCAGAAGGAGUCUCUAAGUGAAGAGGAGGCUACCCAGUUCAUCAAACAGAUCCUAAGCGGAGUACAGUUCCUCCACGACAAGAGGAUAGCGCACUUUGACCUCAAGCCUGAGAAUAUCAUGCUGUUGGACAAGAAUGUUGAUCUACCACGGAUCAAGAUCAUCGAUUUUGGUCUGGCACAUAAGAUGGAUCAGGUCGGGACGGACUUUAAAAACAUCUUUGGGACACCUGAAUUUGUCGCUCCAGAGAUAGUCAACUAUGAGCCUCUGGGUUUAGAAGCAGACAUGUGGAGCAUUGGAGUCAUCACCUACAUCCUUUUGAGUGGAGCAUCACCGUUCCUUGGUGACUCAAAGCAGGAGACUCUAGGGAAUGUCUCAGCCAUAGCCUACCAGUUCGAUGAGGAGUUGUUCAGCAGUACCAGUGAGCUGGCCAAAAGCUUCAUACGACAACUACUGGAGAAAGACACCAGAAAACGGUUGACAAUCCAAGGUGCUCUGAAUCAUCCCUGGAUACAGCCAUUGGACUCCAGACAGGCCCUGGUCAAGAGACAGUCUGUAGUCAACCUGGAGAACUUCAGGAGACAAUACACCAGACGCAGAUGGAAGCUUUCUUUCAGAGUUGUGGCUCUCUGUAACCAUUUAACUCGUAUGAUGAAGAAAGGUCACCCCAAGAUGGCAGCCCAGGAUGAGAGGGACUGUGAGAGCGACCAGGAGACGGAGAUGAUCAUGAAGAAAAGACCCAGAACCAGGAAGAGAAGCAGCACUUCCUGAAACCUGCCUGUCUUUUCUGAUUUGUUGAAUGUGUGUCUAUAGCACACAUGAUUGGUCCGAAAGCAGCCACAGAGACUACUUCAAAAACUGCUGUCCAUAUAAUGUAUUUUACAUAUUGCACAGCAUUCUAAAACCGCCUUUUCUGGAGCAAUAGAUGAAAAGCCUUGAUUGUGUUUCCUAUGAAGUGAUUUCAGUGCCAACAGAAAUGUUAUUUGAAUCCCUGCCUUCUGUAAAGGUAUAUAGACUGUAGAAAUGUACAUGGACAGUUGACAGAUUAGGGUACAAAUUAGGGGUAGGGUAGAGGUUAGGGUACAGGUUUGGGUUAGGGUACAGGUUAGGGUACAGGUUUG